CUUGGGGAAGGAGGGGAGCUAAAAAAAAAAAAGCAAUGUAAAAAAUGUGCAUUAUUGCACUGCACCAGAAGGAAGAAAUUGGUCCCCUAAGCCCCCGAAUGUGGCUGCAGCCCCUUUGGCGUGACGGAGCUGAGCACAGCAGAGCUGAGGAUGGGAGAUGAGAUGACUUGGGGGGGAUAAAAUGUAUUUAAAGCCAACCGUGGGCGAGGAAACCUGCUUUUCCCACUCAGGAAAGUCGUGUUGGGAGCCGAGCAGGAGGGAAGCAUGGCCACGGCACCAAACCUCCAUGCCGAGACCAGCCACGAUGUCUCUGCCGUCAUCUCCCGGUGUUGAAGAGGUAAAACCACGUCAGGGCCAAACGGGUGCGAUGGGCGAGACGCCGCGGGCUGCGGCCACGGAGCUUUUUUGGGGAGACAGCGAGACCUGUGAGGAGAAAAUCCAGUCCCACCUGCGAUCCCUAAGGAAGGUGUUGGCAGAGUUUCUGGACUGGAGAGCGAGCGAAGAGAAGCGGCGCCUGGAUUACCUGGAGACGAGCGGAGCUGAGCGGCGCCGCAUCGGGGCCGAAUUCGAGCGGCUGCGGCGGUUCCUGGCGGAGAAGGAGCGGGCGGUGCUGGGCCGGCUGGCCGAGCUGGACGCCGCCUUCGAAGCUGCCCAGGUAGAAAAAUCUUCGCGGGUGGCCGAGGGGAUCGUGAGGCUCCACGGGCUCAUCGGGCAGCUGGAGGCGCAGGAUAUCGGCAGCGUCCUGAGCAGGUACGUGGCAGUCGGCUGCUUCCCCCCGUGUUAUAAACACCCGACCUCCGCCGUUUCUCUCCCCAGCUGGAGCGAAAUGCGGCUCCACCUCCCCUCGGGGCUCCCCGCCGAGCUGCACAAGAGCCUGAGCUCCUGCCACCGCCAACGGGACGCUCUGCGGGAGGCCCUGGAGCAAUUCCGAGGUAUUUUGGGGAGGGAUUCAGGGAUUUGGGGGAGAAUUCAGAGGGAUUUAGGGAAGGAAAAGGCGUGUUCAAGGGACGGCAGCAGCACAGCACCACGCUCAGCUCCCCGCCUCCUUCCAGACAUGGGGAGACCCGAAACGAAGCCGGGAGCGGGGAACUCACCCAGCGCAGAAGGAAAAGGUGAGGCGGCUUUUUUACUGUCCCUCUACUCCUGCCCCCUAAACGGCCCCGGCCUCCCCCCGCUGACCCACCCGAGUUUCCCCGCAGCAAAAGCGAGCCCGGAGCCCGGCGCCGGUCCCCUCCCGCAGCUCUUGGCGGACAGAAGAAGCGUCCGGUGGUGCGAGGAGGAGCCGGCCGGAGCCCGAGAGCACCGGCGGGGCCAGGAGCCGGCCGGCGGCUACGGGGGAGGGGCCGCCCCGGGGAGAUGCAGGACACGGACGCGAUAGCCGGGACUCUGCGAGACGCCGCUUCCCACCCGUGUCCCCGAGACACAAGCUCAGGCCUGAGCCGCGCUCCCAGCUCGGGUCCUGUCCGUGCUCUGCCCCCGUCCACCUCCAGCAGUUGCGCUGCAGCUUUAAUUAGAGACCGGUCUUUGUGGUGCUGAAGCGGUGCUACUCGUCAUUAAGGUAAUAAAACGACGUUUGAAACAAAAA